UGGUGUGAUAUCACAAAUGGCCAUUGACGUUACACGCACUCUAGGAGAAAGUAUCGAUACUUUCUUUCAGUUUCUCGACGUGACAUCGAUACUCGCUCGACGAUGCAAAAGACGAUAUCGACACUUUCUCGCCGCCUCCGAAGUGAAUCAGAGUAUCGAUUCUUGCUCUUGUGUACACAACGCGCGCCUUGGUUAUGUGUCAAAGUGAUUUAGUAUUUAGAAAAUAAGAGAAAAAUUACUCUCUCUUAGUCGGCGCAAGAAGUCGACGAGAAAAAUUAAAGUAAAAGAUUAUAAUUGUUAGAUCUCAUUUUUUUUUUCACGUGAGAAAGUGCACGUGCAUGCACAAGCAGUCGAAAAGAGUUUUUUGUGACUGCAAAAUUCUUUUUCAUACGAAAACAUAAGUGAAAAAAUAAGGGCGUGAAUUUGGGCUAAUAAUAAGCGUCACCUAAAAUACGUGCUCGUCGAGUAAUGUUUACACGGGAAAGUGAUGAGUGUACGAUAUUUUGAGACUGGUGAGUUUCACACACACGCAACGAACAGUAUAAUAUACGUAGUUUGUGAGUGCUAAAAUGCCGUUUAAGUUUCACUUAAAGAAGAGCAGACAAUAUAACGUUGUGUCCAAAAACCAGUAUGUGAUUUGUGUCAAAUUACUGGAUGCUACUUCCAUAGAGUGCACACUUAGCAUUGACAGUAUCGGUCAGGAAUGUUUGAAUCAUGUAACGCAACGUUUGGGAUUGGGGCAGCCGGAACUUUUUGGGUUGCGCUACAUCUGCUGUUACGAUACGCCAUCCUUGCGUUGGAUAGAUUUGGAGAUGCCCUUGAAAAAACAACUUGAAAAAGAUGCCAAGAAUCUCAUGCUCUAUCUGAGAGUUAUGUAUUAUGUCACAGAUGUUCAGUUUAUUCAAGAUGAAAUGACGAGAUAUCAUUAUUAUCUUCAAUUGAAGAGCGAUAUAUUAGAAGAGAGAAUACCGUGCAAUCCUAGGCAAGCUUGCAUGCUGGCGAGUUAUUCUAUGCAAGCUGAGUUUGGAAAUUACAGUCCAGAAAGACACACAAUGGAAUGUCUACAACAAUAUACUUUCUUUCCAAAUGAAGCAAUCAAAACAGAUCCAGGCGGACAAGAGUCUCUGCUCCAUACUGCGCUUUGUCAUUACAAGGGUCUUGCCAAUGUUACUCAACCUGCUGCGGAAGAGCUGUAUAUCUCGCUUGUUAUGCAGCUAGAGGGAUAUGGCAAUGAGACAUUUAAUGCCAAAGUAAAAAUACUACAGUAUCCUCGAUUAGGUGGAAGUGGAUUCUGUUUCCAAAUAUGCAAUAUGUUUCAGGACAACAGCAACAAUAAAGUUAUUCUUGGGAUUUCUGUCAAUGGGAUCACCGUGAUCUAUCCCAAUACGCAAACAACGCAUCUGUACAGAUGGAGAGACAUCAGUAACGUCAUACAUAACAAAAAGAUAUUUAGGAUAGAGUGUCAAUUGGAAGGUGAAGAAGCGAAACAAUUUGUAUUUUCCGAGUCUCGUGAUACAAAAUAUAUAUGGAGAUUGUGUGUAGCCCAACAUACAUUUUACUUGCAAUGUCAAGAACGUCCUCCCCCGGAAAGAUCCAAUGGCUACUAUGAUAACGACACGAACGAUUCAAACGAUCAAGCGGUGUCUGCGAAUUUGGACAAUCAAACCGCGGACAGUCACAUGAGAUGGACAAGCUACAACGAUCUUUCGACCUCGCCGUAUCCUGUUGUGUCCGUUUCGUCGACCGAUAUAAAUAACUUGCGCGCGUUAUUGCCAUCGUACAGACCGGCGCCCGAUUACGAAACGGCGAUUCAAAUGAAAUACAAUAACGGAGGGAAUGUUCCUCCUCAGCCUUAUUAUGCAAAUAUUCAGUCUGCAAUAAUUGGUUCAGAUAUUUCGUGCCUUCUUGGUAACGUAAAUCGCAACAGGUACUAAAUUUUAAUAUUUAAUAACAGUAAAUUAUAUAUUAUUCGUAAUGUUGAAUAUAAAAAACACUUAGAAGAUGAAGUAAUACGCGAAAGAGAUUACAUACAUAUAUAUAUAUAUAUUUUAUUAAGAAUACUAGAAAUUGUCUCUGCACAAAUUCACUAACAAUGGUUUUUAUCGCUUUGAGAUUUAUUAUUAUUUAAGAUAAAAACAGAGACACGGGUGAUACGGAAAAACAUAAAUCCCAGUAAAAAGGCGUGCUUAUUAAAAAUUUUAUACACAUGUAUAUAUAAAAAUAUUUAUAUUUAAAAAAUUUUACAUGUUAUUUUUGUCGCGUAUACUAAAAUUUAUUGAAUAAGUUAAGAAAUGAAAAACAGAUUUGCGUACGUGUAUUACGUAGUAAUUAGCUCCAAAUAUACUCAUGUUAGAAAAUGUUACAAAUGUAAAUUUUUAAUUAAUCAAAUACAAGAUAUUUUUUUUCGUGAA